UCUGCUAGACCUCCUUAAACUCAGAUGUCUAUGUUCCUGAUUCAGAGCUCGGUCGGUGCGGGAACAACAGAAACGGGCUGCCCUCACUGGGCGGAUCAGACUUUCUCACUCCAGCUGCGUUGGACGGGACCACACAUUUCGGGACUCGUCCGCAGAAAAGAAAGCGAUUUCACCCGCGUUUUAAGACCGAGCAUCAGCCAGAGACUUCUUUGCGUGUUUCAGAGGACUUUGGGGAUGUUUUGUUUUUAAAUGAUCGCAUCCAAAAAUCUGAAUGGACGUUUAUGCCUCGGUGCUUCACAAGGACAUCUGAAUCCUCGAUGUGACCUCAAGGUUUCUACAGGCUUCCAGGAGGUUCGGAGAACAUCUGCUACGUGUAAACUAUAAUAAUGCAACAUCCUUUGGAGAUUGGGGCGCACUACUACCCCCCGGAUGCCCUUCCAGACCAAAGGUCUCACAGGUACAGGAGUUUCAUGAUUGAGGAGAUUCUUACAGACCAUCCGGAUCACAAGGUAUCGAGUCCCACUGGAGACCUUCUAAAAUUUGGAGUACAUGCCCUUUUGUCCGCCAGACCAUACCACAACCACUUAGUUCUGAAAGCAGACCAGACCAGUAUCCUGAAGUUCCCGGUGUCUCCUCUGUCCUGCUCGCUCGGGGCCCCGCUGGGCUCUGCGCUCCUGUCCGGCGCUGCGGGUCUGCAGGUGGGCUCCUCAUCCCAUCAUCUCCCGCUGGACCUCCAUCUCCGGGGAAAACUCGACCCUGGAGCUGACGCGGUGAGCAAGACUAAGAAAGGAAGAAGGAGUAGAACCGUGUUUACCGAACUACAGCUGAUGGGCUUGGAAAAGCGAUUUGAGAAACAGAAGUAUCUCUCGACUCCUGACAGAAUAGACCUAGCAGAGUCUCUAGGCCUGAGUCAGCUUCAAGUCAAAACAUGGUACCAGAACAGAAGAAUGAAAUGGAAAAAAAUCGUGUUGCAAGGAGGAGGACUAGAGUCUCCGACCAAACCAAAGGGCCGUCCGAAAAAGAACUCCAUCCCCAGCAGCGAGCAGCUGUCGGAGCAGGAGAGGACGCGAGAAGCGGACCGCUUAUCCGACGGAGGCGCUUCUUCACUUUCUGACGCGAACCAAGAGGAAUAAACGAGAACAUCCGUGAGAAUACGUUUGUCUCCAGGACGCGAACAGGCCUGCAUUCGGCCUCCUUGGAUCAACGCGCACCGACGCAUUUACGUUGGCACUUACAGACCCGACCACUCGGCCUGAUUUUAUACUACCUAUGUUUUGUCUGUUUGUUUGAUCACGCCGACUUUCGCGGGCCUUGAAAAGUCAUAGUGAACUUUUUCCAGGGACCGGAGCGGUGGUUAGUGAACGGUCUUUUUUCUCAGCAUCGACGGCUGUGGUAUCGUGGACAUUUUAUCGGCGUAUAUUGUGCUUUUUUAUGCUUUUCAUUGGUAUUUCAAAAAUAUUCUUAAAAAUUAAAAUGUCAGU